AUGGACAGUCCUGAGAUAUCGACGAUACUGUCGACGAUUUCAAGAGAUGGAAACAUGAUGAUGGAUGAGGUGAAGAGAACCCCACCGAGCAAACAUCCGAGAGGAAGGCGGGACUUCGAGCGUAAAAACAGCGUGGCACCUCUGGGUAUCGCGCAGGAGAAAGGGCUUGCAAAAACCAUCUGCAUCACAGACUUGUCUUCGGACAGGGGGAAACAGCUACAAAUCGCGCGUCUCAGUGUGGUAUGCGCCUUGUCUUGUCUUGCUCUGAUACUCUCAUCACUUGUGGAUGUUCAACACUUUACCGACCUGGAGUUUGGGCAGCGUACGACACACGCUGUUCUGACCAACGCCACUGACGAAGAAACGUUAAGCCACGUCUUGCAGAUGGAAGGAGGCCUGGUGGGUUUCUGGAGCUCCUGGCGCCAAAAUUGCGCCAAUGUCUCAAAGAAUGCUGCCGAGAUGUCAAGAUUUGUCGACGAUAUUGUCUACUCCAGCUUCAACAGCACGGACCAGGCUUUGCGUCAGUGCCUUUCGCGUGAUGGUGUUCUAGGUAACUCACUUCAGCAGCUGAACUGGACUAAGGAUGAGUUUCUACAGACUUUAAAGGACCACAGAGCACAUGAAUUUAUAGCAUAUCGUGCAGUGAGUGACGGUUUCCUAAUUCAUGUGCAAAAUAUUAACAGUAAUAUUUCUUUGAACGUCGCUGAAAAAUGGUCAGUGAUGAGGCACAAAGUCGAGAAUGACAAAAGUGCAUGCAAUUGGACAGAAGCAACACAGUGGCUUCAAACCACAGCUGAUAGUCUCCAAACACUGCUGAAGAUUCAACGUGACCUUCGAGAGGAAAUCAUUCUGCACAUCACCGAGAAAAUGGAGUCAACAGCCCGUCUACUCGCCCUGGAAUUCGUGGUGACGAUCCUCGUGAUAGUCUCCUUUCCUGUGUUGUUACACUCGACCUGCAGCAUGGCUGGUUGGAUUCACAACUAUGCCAGCCAAUUGAGGGAAAAGACCUUGGAACUGAGGCAUGAGAAGUUGGUAGUUGAGGGGCUACUCUACCAGAUGUUGCCGCCCUCCGUUGCCAACCAGCUGAGAGAGAAACGGCAGGUACACGCCGAGUCUUUCGAUAGUGUCACCAUCUUUUUCUCGGAUAUCGUAGGGUUCACCUCUAUCUCGGCUCAGAUAACGCCUAUGCAGGUUGUUGACAUGCUGAAUCGUCUGUACAUGUGCUUUGACGCCAGAAUCGAUAUCUACGACGUGUACAAAGUCGAGACGAUUGGCGAUGCGUACAUGGUGGUUAGCGGUUGUCCUCAGCGUAACGGAGAGCGACACGUUGGCGAGAUCGCAACGAUGGCUCUGGACUUGCGCAGUGCAAUCAGACAGGUGCAAAUUCCUCACGAUCCCGAGCGGAAACUAAAGUUACGCAUUGGAAUCCAUACAGGGCCGUGCGUGGCCGGGGUUGUCGGGUCUAAGAUGCCGCGUUAUUGCCUGUUUGGGGAUACCGUCAACACUGCAUCUAGGAUGGAAUCAAACAGUCUACCUAAUAAGAUCCACGCUAGUGACGUCACAUAUGCAGCUCUCUCGAAAGAUGUUUCCUACGAGAUGGAGUGCAGAGGAGAAAUUAAUAUCAAGGGAAAAGGAAAGAUGAACACGUAUUGGCUCGUCAGCCGUAAGGGCUAUGGUGAAGCCAACGACAGCAUGGUCUGUAAAAUUGACUUUGCCAAAAUGCGCGCCAAGAGAAAGGCUGAGAAAGAGGCGAAGAAAACAGAGGAGGCUAAACGGCUCGAAGGGAAGGCUAGCAAAGAAGCUGAAGAGGCUUCAAAUGGACACGGAGAUGCCAAAGAAGGAACUGAACAGGCUACAAAUGCGACUGACGAAAAGGCUAGUAAUCACGAAAUGGAGACUGCGAUCAAAUCGAAAGACGGAACGAAUGGGGCCACGGCUUUUUGAGAAUGGGGACAUAAGGAAGGAGGUGACAUGAGCAGAGACCACAGAUCACGAGAAAGAGACUACUAAACAGACCGAGCAAGUUAAGCAGAAAUGUAUAGGGCCUGACAUAGAUAAUCUGCUAAUGAAGAGCUGUAUGCAUUAAUACAAAAAUUGGUAUUGAUUUAUGCCCGAAUAAUAGACGGAAUUAAACUAAACCAAAUUUCUUGAAAAAAACGUUAACACUUGCGUGGUUUUGGGGCAAGAUUUAUUCAUCAAAGUUUAAUUAAAAUGCACGUUUCACUUACAAUGACCUUGCACUGCCUCCUUGUUUACUUCAGUAUAUUUACGAUCGACCUUGGACAUGCUCAUUUUCAUUUAUAGUGUGAUUUUUCCUGACCGUCGAAAAUGCACAUUAGGAUAGGUUGUAAGUCCUUUUUUAUGCAAAUUAUCAGUAACUACCACUCUGCCUGUUGUCAUGUUUCCUGAAAAACAGAGAGCAAUAUGAUUAAGCUCUUAAUCUAGUUGCUUUUCACCGUAAUAAAUCCGCAAUGAGUAAAUAGGCCAGUCUAUGGCCUCUGUGUCUUAUUUCAAUAGACUUCCAUGGAGACUUAUGCUAUUUCCUGAGUACUGCUUUUUCUUCAAGGUUAAAGACGAGACACAAUAAGCAUUGUCGUUGUAACUGGUUACACUUACCACGAGCGAAAGGAAUCUACAAAAUCACGGCAAGAUGCAACUUUUUCUGACUUUUCUAAGCGGAAAAAUA